AUGCAAUAAAUUUAUAGAAGGAAUAGUGGAUCGUCAUAUAAUACUGAUGAAGAAUGUGAAGAGCUACCUAUAUAACCAUAAUAAUAAUAAUUUUAUAAUCCUUAACAAGGAUGUGGUCUAAUAAAUGAAAAUAUAAUAAAAACCCUAAUUAGUGAAUAAUAAGCUAGAGAAUUAGAAGAGAAAGUAGAAGAAUAGGCUGUUGUAACAAUUGAAUAGGAUAUUAUUGAUCAUGAUGCACUAUAAGAAGAAUUAUUGAAUAGUGUUCAUUUAAAUGUUCUCCCACGUUAGAAAUCUAUUUAGAUACAAGAAUAUUGUCAAAUCUUACCUAUUGUUAUGUAGAUUUAAUCUCUGAAAUCAUAAUUAAAGAAAUAGAGAGCCAAUAUCGAUUUGAUGUGUGUUGUUGAUGUAAGUGGAUCAAUGGAUGGAGAAAAAAUAAAGUUAGUACAGAACUCUUUGAGAUACAUAUAAAAGAUUUUAAAACCAGCUGAUAGAUUAUCAAUAGUUAGUUUUGCUACUCAAGCAGGCAUAAAUUUAUAAUGGACAAGAAAUGUGGCAGAAAAUAAAAAAAUUAUAAAGAAGGCAAUAAAAGAUAUUAGAAUUAGAGAUUCAACUAAUAUAGCAUCAGGUGUUGCAUUAGGUUUAAGAAUGAUUAGAGAUAGGAAAUAUAAGAAUCCAGUUACAUGCAUGUUUGUAUUAAGUGAUGGUGUAGAUGAUGAUAAAGGAGCUGAUUUGAGAUGUUAAUAAGCUUUACACAAAUAUAAUAUUUAAGAUACUUUAACAAUAAAUACUUUUGGUUAUGGUUCUGAUCAUGAUGCUAAAGUAAUGAACAAUAUAGCAAAUCUGAAAGGAGGAUAAUUUGUAUAUAUAGAUUAAAUUUAAAGAGUAUCUGAACAUUUCAUAUUAGCAAUGAGUUCAAUGUUAUCAGUCAAAGCUAGAAAUGUGAUAUUGACAGUCAAAUAAUUAAAUAAGGAAUUUAAAUUAGCAAAAAUAUUUGGUGAUGAUUUUCUAUGGAACAAAAUGAGUGAAAUUGAAUUCUAAUUGACUUUGAAUUAUUUAGUUGAUGAAGAUAAAAAAGAAUUUGCUUUAGAAAUUGAAAUACCUAGUUUUAAAUAAUAGGAACUUUUUAAUGAAUAAAUAUUACAAAUUGAUUUAUAAGGUGUCUUUCUUGGAUUGGAUACUGCUUUUAAGAAAACAUCAUAUAUUUAAAUAGAAUUCACUAAGAAUGAGGUAUAAUAUAUACCAGUGGAAUUAGUAGAAGUUAAUUAUUUAAGAGCCAAAGCAGGUGAUAGAAUAGGUUAAGCAAAAGGAUUAGCAAAUGGAAAGAAAUAUGAUUAAGCAAUUUAAUUACUGAAUAAUAUGAUUGAUGAGAUUGAGAAUUCAAUAUUCAAAGAUAAUAAAUAAUUAGUUGUAGUUUUAAAAGAUUUAAAUGAUAUCAAAUAGAUUUGUAAACCAAAAACUUAUGAGAAGGAUGGUGAAGCAAUGAUGUUAUACAAAUAAAAAAAUCAUAUUUUCAGAUAAAGAUCAAUAAGUAUAUAUAUUUUAUAAUUAUUAAGAUAAUUCUGAUGAAUGGUGUUAAGAGGAGGAAGAAUAAAUGGAUUAAUAUAGAAAUGGAGAUUUAAAUUUGAGUGCUAGUCUUAGUGGUGGUAGUAUAAAAAGUAUUGGAAAAUAGAAACUCAAAUAAUAAAGAAGGAAUAGUUGUUCACAAGAAGGUUCAUAGGAAUAGUAGGAUGAAGAAGAUGAUUAAUCAAGUCCAAGAAUUAUAUAAGGUAGAAUAUCAGAUAGUGAUGGUUCAGUUAAUUGUAAAAAGAAAAAAUCAAGAAGUUCUUCAAUAGGUUGA